UCUAAAAUCAAUCAAAAUUUGUGCAACCUAAGCCUUUUCAAAACAGGCACAUUUUUUCUAUAUCUAGGACCUGUAACUCUGUAGAGGAUAUAGAUAAAGAUCCGUAUCCAUCGGCAUGUCACGCUAUUUGUAUGCCGAUCACAUCCUCGAAGCCUUCAAUGUCUUCCACCGACCGAUGGCCAUAGACGAGGUGGCUACCUAUGUGGCCGAAAUGGAGGCCAAGUCCGUCGAGGAGGUACGUCUGGCGGUGGACAAUACAGUGACCGCUGCCUGGAUGCACGGUUUCCUCACCAAAAAGGACAGAAACUAUACACUGGUCUGUGGGUAUUGGGACGAGGAGGACUCCAUAUCUGGAAGAACCGGCAAAAAAAAUCCAUCAUCCCCGACCGAUAAAAAACGAUCAGUUUAUCAAAAUUGCAAGAAUUCUAAUCAUCUGGCUUGA